CCUCACGCGGCGGGAGGGGGCAGGGCGGCGCAGCGCAGCCGGAGCAGCAGCAGGCGGGGGAGGGAGAGAAAGAGAGGGAGAGACGGCGGCAGCAGCAGCAGUGUCCGGCGGAGGCGGGGGAGACGGCCCCUCGGUUCGCGGAAGGACCGGGCAACGGCGGGGGGAGUGAAACUCUGGCAUUACUUGUAUUGGCAAGCAGCACGCGGGAGAAAUGAGCUAUUGAUGGAAAAUGAGGCACUCUGCUCUGAUUGGAUGCGUUUAAAGAGCCCUUAAUUUUCAAUAUGUUCCAAGAAAAGCUAUAAGAAUUUUGAAAAGGAUGGCUGGUUGUGGUGAGAUUGAUCACUCAAUCAACAUGCUUCCCACGAACAAGAAGACCAGUGAACCAUGUUCUAGCACAACACCAUCUCUUAUGGUCCCUGAAUGUGCCAUCUGUCUGCAAACAUGUGUCCACCCUGUGAGUCUGCCUUGUAAACAUGUCUUCUGCUAUCUGUGUGUGAAAGGAGCCUCCUGGCUGGGAAAGCGAUGUGCUCUCUGUCGUCAGGAGAUCCCAGAGGACUUCCUCGAUAAGCCAACCUUGCUGUCACCUGAGGAACUCAAAGCAGCCAGUAGAGGCAAUGGGGAAUAUGCUUGGUACUAUGAAGGCAGAAAUGGCUGGUGGCAAUAUGAUGAACGUGCCAGUAGGGAGCUGGAAGAUGCCUUUUCUAAAGGUAAAAAGAGCACUGAAAUGUUAAUUGCUGGGUUCUUGUAUGUGGCAGAUCUUGAGAACAUGGUUCAGUAUAGGAGAAAUGAGCAUGGACGUCGCAGGAAAAUAAAACGGGACAUAAUAGAUAUUCCAAAGAAGGGAGUGGCUGGGCUUAGGUUGGACUGUGACUCUAAUGCUAUCAAUCUAGCAAGAGAGAGCUCUGCUGAUGGUGCAGACAGUACACCAGCUCUAGGGGCGGCUGCUGGGCAGCCUCUAGCAACUGUCUCUGUUAGACCCCUACCUUCACUAGAUGGUCAGCUGACAAGUCCUGCAACGCCAUCACCUGAUGCAAGCACUCUAGAGAACUCUUUUGCCAACUUACAAAUAAAUGGAGACAGUAUGGUUGAAAGGAGCCAUAGGGGAGAGGGAGAGGAAGACCAUGAAUCAUCGUCUUCUGGUAGGGUGCCAGUUCUUGACACCUCCAUUGAGGAAACAGAAUCGGAUGCUAGCAGCGAUAGUGAGGAUGUGUCUGCCCAACUUCAGCUGCCUGUAUCCUCUGUUCAGCAGAGACAUCUGAAUGCAAAUCAGCCAGCCGUGGAUAGACAAGUGGCAGGGAAUGGGGUGGGAAGCACGAGUGUGAGAUCUAGAAGGCCUGAUGGACAGUGCACAGUAACUGAAGUUUAAAUUAGAGCCAUGUUUUGAAAACUGAGUUGUGAACCUGUACAUUUUGUCUGUAUUGGCAUUGCACUCCAGCCUAGCAGUGUAUUUAAAGUGUUUUGGGGGGGUGGAAGAAGGGGAAAGAGAAAAACAUGGGCCUCUGACUUUAAAGGCAAUCUUGCAGCAUGUCUUGGCUGGAAGACUCAAUGUUGAAAACAAAAACUGGGGAUGUGUUAAAGGUUUGUCAGCUACUUAGCAAUACCCAGUUUCAUAAAUGUCUUUCAUGUUUUAUUUUGUAGCAUAUUCCCCUCCCCCAGUAAAACUGUCCCUUUUUUGACCAAUGUAUAUUCAUUGUACAACUUGGAAUUGUCAUCAUUUGUUGCAUUAAGUAUCUUUACUAUCUGCAUGGAUUGAUGUACGGAAGGACUAUUAAAGCAAAUUGGAAAUGAACAAGUUUGGGUAUGAGCAAGAUGCUUAAUUUUGACGUGAAGUAGGUGUGACUCCUGAAGUUCAGAUGUUUUACUAAAACAGAGCAAUCAUCUUCCUGAAUGAAAUGUAAAACUUAACUUCUGUUGCAGAGUUUUACUUGUAAACACUUCAUGGUGUCUUCAUUGGCUCUUCUGUCUAGUCCCUGUAGCUUGUUUGCGUCUUUCUUGAUGUCUUGUUUUUGUUACAAAAUUUAUAAUUUAAUAAACUACACUUUAUCAACA